AUGGAGACACGAGAAAAGCAAAGGCAGGGCGAUGCUCUGCCGCCAUAUGACCACUCGGAGGGCCCCGAUUACCUUCUCGAUGAAAAAGCAUUUCUCCUCCCACCGGGCUCCGAUGAACCUGGCCAGGCUGUUGCAUCCACCUUGACCCGAGGUCUCCAAGUCCCAUCCCGAACGUCCGCCGCGACCUCCGGAUUUGACUAUCCGGCCGUGUUGACUCAAUACGGCAUUUCACCUGGAGACUGGCAACAAUUCACUCAGGUGAUCGGCGAUGAGGCCAAGCUUUCGCGACAGCAGUGGAGCACGGUGAUUGGCAAGGGCCUCGGCACCCUUGCGAUCGGCGGCCUGAUGAUCGGGCUUCUGGGCGCGGUUCCGGCAAUUUUUGUCGCCCGCAAUGCCCGAAAAAGGCAAGAACAGCGGAAUUUGAUUGCUGCAAUGGCGGGCAUGAAGGGAGAGCGACUCUCCCGCGACAUCUCGCACUGGAACGAGACGUUCUUCCGGCCGAAGGGGGUGUUGAUUCGGGUCGAUCUGCCGGACGAGUAUCUCGGCGAGAUGAGCAAGAUGGAUCUGCAUCGGAGUGAUCGGCCCUGGGGCCGGUCCGAGGCCGAAGCUCGCGAGAAAGCGGCCCUCAAAGCGAGAAUUGUCAUCAUUCCCAUGGCCACAGCGUCACUGGCCUCGGGAGUAACAUCGAGGACGGGGAUUCCUGACGAUUGA